AUGCUCUCCUUCGUCCUGGUGCCCUUACUGGUCUUACUACCAGUGUUCGCCAAACCGUUUGCGCGGGAUCUGCAAGUACACGAGUCUCGCGCUAACGCACCGAGCGGUUAUGCAUAUACAAGCCCAGCUUCGCCAGAUGCCUUGUUGAGCCUUCGGCUGGCUUUGGUGCAGAGCGAUCCCGCUGGGUUGGUGGACGCUUUGUACGACGUCAGCACGCCGGAAAACGCGAACUACGGUAACCAUCUCAGCAAGGAAGAGGUCGAAGCUUUCGUCGCGCCCACGGCUGAAAGUGUCACAGCGGUGAAGACCUGGCUGAAUGACAAUGACAUCUCUAGCAAUGUCAUAUCUCCCGCAGGCGAUUGGCUUUCGAUUCAGGUGCCUGUCAGCAAGGCGAAUGACCUCCUGGGUGCUCAGUACUCCGUCUUCACACACGCUGGUACCCAGAAACAGACCAUCCGGACGCUCUCGUACUCGAUCCCGACGGACCUGUUGGGACACCUUGACUUUGUUCAUCCCACUAUCUCGUUCCCGGACCCAAACGGCACUCCGCCGCUAGUAGGAUUCCCACAGGUUCCGGAACGGCGGUCAAUUUUGAACGAUACUGCGGGACCUUGCGCGAAUACUUCUGGCAUCACGCCGGCGUGCCUUCAGUCUCUGUACAGCCUGCCGACUACACCCGCUACGCAUGGAUCUGCGAUAGCUGUCGCCGGAUAUGUUGGGCAGUGGCCGCAACGUGCAGACUUGAUGACUUUCCUGGAGGAUGCCCGCCCGGAUAUGUCGCCUUCCACGACGUACAACCUCGUCACUCUUGACGGGGGUAUUGACCCGCAGAACGGAAGUGCGGGAAUAGAGGCGAAUCUGGAUAUCCAAUAUACUGUCGGUCUCGCCACAGAUGCACCCGUGACGUUCAUCUCUGUUGGUGGAGGUUCAGACGUAACAGACUUCACCGACGCGCUCCUCGACACGGCAAUUUACAUGAUCGGACUCGAGGAUCCGCCCCAAGUCAUGACAACGAGCUAUGGUAUCGAUGAAUACACGGUCUCCGAGAAACUGGCGUAUAACCUCUGCAAUACAUACGCGCAGCUUGGCGCCCGGGGUGUAUCGAUCCUGUUCGCGUCUGGAGACGGUGGUGUCUCUGGAGGCCACUAUCCCGCCGAUGGGUGUACAACGUUCUUACCGACCUUCCCAUCCGGGUGUCCAUACGUCACUUCCGUCGGUGGUACGGUCGACAUUCCCCAGACGGCUGUCAACUUCUCUGGUGGUGGAUUCUCCAACUACUGGGCACGGCCUUCUUUCCAGUCUCUCACCGUUCCAAACUACCUCGCCUCCUAUGGAUCCGAGCCAACCGAUGCCGGGCUGUACAACGCGUCGGGGCGGGGCUUCCCAGACGUAGCCGCAUACGCGGUGGACUUCGCCAUCGUCGUGGAAGGCGCUGUCAUACCCGUCAGCGGGACGAGCUGCGCGAGCCCGACGUUCGCAAGCGUGGUCGCGCUCGUGAAUGACGCGCUAUUGGCGGCGGGGCGCCCGGCCCUCGGGUGGCUGAACCCGUGGUUGUACGCGGAGGGCUGGCAGGGGCUGACGGAUAUCACAACGGGGAACAACUUCGCGUGUUCUAACUUUACGACUGGUUUCGAGACGGCGGUAGGGUGGGAUCCGGUGACGGGGUUGGGGACACCGGACUAUGCACGAUUGCUGACAGUACUCGGGCUGUGA